CGUCCAACCAUCGCUGCUGCCUCCGUGUCGCGCUUCCACCGCAGCAGCGAACUGGAAGGUAACCUGGAAGGUAAAAGCUUAGCUUAAAUGCACCGGCCUGCUAAACCAGACGCUCAACGCACGCAAAGUCGCUACCUUAUGUGCAUCUCUGCUCUUUGCACACAAUGCCACCGAAACGUUCCUCUCAAACCGGCUCGAAACGGGCCAAGAAGCCCAAGAUCAAGCCGAGCGUUAGCAUACUCAGUCUACCGGCUGAGUUACAUUUGUUGCUCAUCUCACAUCUGCCCAGCCGCAAAGAUCUGAAGCGUUUAUGUCUAACUUGCAAGAGCCUCUCGGCGGUCGCCACCUCAGUCCUCUACCGUCAUGUGGUGCUCAAGCUCUGUCGACUUAGAACCCAUCUCGAGAGAACCUUUAACGAGAAAAACGCGGGCCUUCUCCAUGUGCGCCAUCUAACCAUUACGGACCUUCACCGGGAAUACGAAGACAACCGUCAUGGAUGCACCUUGACGGAAGUACUCCGAGCGCUGCCAAGGGACGUUCUGCUUUCGUGCAGUCUGGAAACAUCGAAGCUCGUCGGCACGGAGGUCUCUUUCAUGCUGCGCAUUCGACAGCGACAGCUUACCAACUGCGAGCUUCACGCCAUCAAAACCGUGCCCCCAAUCGACUGCAUUCCGGACCGCGAUGAGCUUCGCAAUGUUACCUCGCUCUCGCUGUACCUAGCCAGCCGUCACGACCGCCAAAGAGCCGCAGCUGUGCUACUAGCAGCUUCGAAUACGCAGAAUCUUGCGCUCACUAUACCAGAUGACGGCUUACGAAAAAUCUAGGAAGAAGCAGGCCGGCUGCUAUACCAGACUGUAUCGAAGUUGUAUUCGCGCCAUGGCUCGAAGAUUCGACCGGAGGAAGGCGUCGUCUGAAGCGUCUCUUCUUCCAAGGCUUCGCAUUCGCAGAAUGCGCCGCACGUAUUGCGACCGCCAUCUCGCCACAGCACCUUA